AUGAGGAAUAAUAAUAAAAUAUAUACCCACCUGGUGAUCAACGAUUCCUUUCUCCAGAAGUGGGAAGCUCGGGGGUUCUUUGGCCUGAAGGAGUACGCGGAGCACGUGGACGACAGAGACCUGGCGGGGAAGAUUUCCAUCGUGGAGAAGUACAGGGAGCGGAUCCCGGAGCUGGUGCAGAGGAUCGAGAGAUCCCACGUGUCCCAGGAAUCCCUGGCGGAUUAUCUCAUAGGUACUGUCCACCAAGCCAAAGGCCUGGAAUUCGACACCGUGCUGGUGGCCGAUGAUUUCGUGAAGGCCCCGUGUGGGAGCGACGCUUCCCAGAGGAGAACCAACCUGGCCAUUGGCGCCAUCCCGGAGGACGAGUGGAACCUGCUCUACGUCGCCGUGACCCGGGCAAAGAAGUGUCUCCUGCUCUCCAAAUCCCUGGAACACCUCCUAGCCCUGGCUGGGGAGCAAUUCCUUCGGGUGGAGCUGAUGAGUGAGGCUGCCAAGGCCGGAGCAUCCCGGACUUGCUGCAUGUCCAGAUGCACAAACAUGUUGGAUCCCAGCUCCAGGCUGGUUGUGAGGAAGCUCCCGUUGACUCACAGCAACGGCAGCCGCGAUCCCGGGGGAUUCCUGUGCCAACCUUGCACCCGGCAGCGCUUCGGCUCCCUGGCUCCACUCACCUCCUUCCCAGCGCUCCAGGAACAGCCCUGCCAGCUCUAGGGAAGCCCUUCCAGCUUCCCAAAGCCCGUUGGUGCAUCCCAGCUCAGGAAUCAGGUGGAUAUUGGAGCGGGAUUUGGGUGGAUAUUGGAAUGGGAUUCCAGCCCGGCUCCGGAGGAACCCCGUAGGCUCUGGGAGACCUUUCCUGCAGCCCUGCUUUGCCUUCCAGGAGCUGGGAAGCAGAAUAUCCCAAAGAAUAUGCACUUUAAGAACUGGAUCAGCAUUAAUUUUGGAGCAUUAUCCCUGUGUACCUCCGUCACAGCGACCAAACUUCCCUGGAUAUCCCUCCCUCCUCCCUGACGUCAGCGCUCCGUGAAAUCCCUCUGAUCCGCUGGAAGAAGAGGAAAUGCAACCCUGGAAAGCUCCCAAAGGAACAGGCUAUUUCUGGGAAAUGGACUUUUCCUGGCCAGCAAUGGGAGGAAAUCAUUAAUCCCUCCCAGGGAAUGAAUUCCCCCUCCUGGCAGCCAUGGGCUUUCCCAGACUUGCUUCCCUUUUCCCAGGACCGAACCGUGAGGGAAGAACUGCUUUGGUUUGACCUGGAGACAAACUGGAGAGAGUUUUGAAUCCUAAAACUCCAUUUAUAACCAAAAAAAAAAA